AUGCCCGCAGCAAAAGAGCCUCGCUCUGAGAUCAAGGUUUUGAUGCUACAUGGAUAUACGCAGAAUGGCACUCUGUUCCACGCAAAGACACGCGCGAUGGAGAAGCACCUUCAGAAGGCGUUGCCGGGCAUCUCAUUCAGCUACCCAACUGGACCUCUACAACUCAAGCCAAGCGAUGUCCCAGGUUUUGAUCCGACCUCUAGCGAGGACCCGGACAGUAUCGAGGCUUAUGGCUGGUGGAGACGGUCAGACACUUCCGACCCACCCGAAUAUGUUGGUCUGGAGAAAGGGCUGGAGACAGUCGCCAAAGUUUUGGAAUCAGAAGGCCCCUUUCAUGGAGUCAUAGGCUUCUCUCAAGGCGCAGCGCUAGCAGCCAUGAUUGCUUCAUUACUGGAAGGAGAGUCAAGAAAACAAGCAUUCGACAAAGCACGGUCAAGAUCAGCUCUCGCUAUCCCAUACCCACCAUCCUUUGAGAGACUCAACCAUCCACCACUGAAAUUUUGCGCGGCAUAUUGUGGUUUUCGAGCACCUGGCCCGAGAUAUGCAGGCUUCUACGAGGAGCCGCACAUUCAGACCCCAGUAUGUCAUUUUAUUGGAAGUUUAGAUAGCGUGGUGGAGGAGUCAAGAACACAGGCCCUGGUCGAUGCUGCAGGAGGUGCAGAGAACAGCCAAGUUGUGAGUCAUCCUGGCGGACAUUUCGUACCGAGCGGAAAGCAGUAUCUCGACACUAUCGCGGUGUUCAUCAAGCAGAGGAUGUCGUCUGCUGAUGCGAAGCCAGAGCAGGAGGAACGGGUCGAAGACAUGGAAGUGCCAUUCUGA